AGCGGUGCAAUGCUCGAGCUCAACAAGUCUAUUGGAGCUUGACUUUGACUCGCUAAAAUCAAGUGCCUAGGUUUUGAUACUAAACUAAAACGAUGUCGUUAAGUGCUCUUCUAAAACCCUAGAAUUUACAUCCGGCUACUGGACGGAAAGGAAUCGGCAUGGCUUCGUCUCCAGAACCCAAUCCUUUUGUUGGAGAAAACUAUGAUAUUACUCUAAGCCAAUCAAUGCGCCAACUUGUAUCUGAAAUCCAAAACAAAACCGUAAACUUUUCUCAUUCGAUUGACUUCUUUUACCAAUUAAUGCAAUCAAGAAUCGACCCUCCCUUGGAAACGAUCUGGGCAUAUUCUGCUUUGUCUUUUAAGUGCAAAAAAACAACAAAAGGUGAUCUUUCAAAUCAGAUUUUGAUUUCAAAAGAACUAUUUCAGCUUAUAUCAGGAUGUUCAGGUCCUUGUAGUGCUUCAAAAAGCAUAACUUUGCUAGCUCCAGUUCUUCUCCACGUGUAUAAAUUGGUCACUGAGGUAUUAGGCAAAGAUUUAGGAGCUAAGAGAGUGAAGAAAGAGAUUAUAAAGGUUAAGUCUUUGAUUGGAGCUAUUCUUGGGUAUGUAAGUGCGUGCUGUAGUAAGGAUAUGAGCGAGGAGAAAGAUCCAAUUUUGAGUUUAGCAUUUGCGGAUUUGGUUGGUGUGUGGAUGGACGGAAAUGAGGAUUUGAAGGCAUUUUUACCUCUUGUGAGUGAUGAAAUACGUAAAGAGAUUAGCGAUGGAGGUUCAACUGUGAGUUACUUAGCUGGAGUUGUUAUUUCCGAGGUUUUCUUGUUGAAGCUUUGCUUGGAUUUAAGGGUGGGGAAUAGGGGAGUGGAGUUCGAGAAGGAGCUGAGGAGAUGGAUUGUUGGCUCAAUAACUGGGUUUCAAAGCUUCUACUUCUUUGAAACCCUUGUGAGGAUGUUGCUGGAGCCAGCCCUACCUGUGACUUCACUAUUGAGUUUGGAAGAUGAAGAUUUUUUAAGGAAGAUUCUGUAUGAUGCUGCUAUAAUGGUGGAAUAUUCUUUCCUUAGUUCUGAGAGAGUGAUAGACCUACCAGCCAACCGUGUGAGAAGUCUUGCAGUGAAGAGAUUGAUCAUUACACAUGAAGCCAUAGAACUUGUUAGGAAAAAUGGGGACCAAAAGAGAGCUAUUUCUUAUACUAAUUCAUUCUCCAUUUCUCGGUUGCCUUCCCAAAUUAUUAAGUGUAUUAUGACUAGCCAGAUUGGCUUGGAGGAAGAAGCGAAUAGAUUGAAGGGAGCAUCGCCUAAAGCCCUUAUAAAGUGGUUACUAAAGCUAGAUGGCCAGGGCAUUCAAAUAUAUGAUGAUAGAGUCUCCAAGCUCCAUGCCAAAUUAGCUGUUGAUAAUUCUAAGCCCGAUUCUGAGCGGUCUGCAUUUAAGCCAGAAGGCAAGCUAACAGAUGCUGAUCUUCUGUUUUACAUUGAUAACAAAGGAGGAAAAGAAGGCUGUAAUGAGGAUGAUAAGGAGAUAAAUGAGUCCAUGAGUGCCGCUUUUGUAGCUGCUGCAAAAACUAUGAGAUUGAUUGAAAAAGGAGGGAGGAAACGGAAAGAAGGGAUAAAUGCUGGAAAGAAGAAAAAAAUUAAGGUCCUCAAGCAUGACCUCUCUGAUAAUUCUGAUUCAGAUGGAGAAAUAUCCUCAGCCGUCAGUGAUGAUAGUUCAGGCAGUGGGAGUGAAGUUGAGAAUCCAAGCUCAGAUGAAGAUGUUUGAGUGAAGUGGUGGUAGGAAUCUUUGAAGAGAAAACAAGGCAAUUAUGCUAACUCCACCUGAAUUAGCUUCAAAGACAAUAUUCAACUGUAACAGCCCUACCAACUGCUAGAGCUGCCAUUGAAUAGCAAAGCAGCUGCUUCAAUCUCAUAUAUCUUUAGCCAAAGUUAUAAUUAGUUGUUAAGUGUAAUGCUUUGAUUAUUCGUUUUUAUAGAAUUCACUGAACUACUUUAUGCGGUUGUAAAGGAUUGAAGUUGCAUUUUAGCCAUGCGGCGUUGUAAAGGAUUUGAAGUUGAGCAAUUUAGAAUAUUUUAUACCUGCUUGCA